UCAGCGAGACGCCGGGCGCGGUCAAUGAGUCCGUCUUCAACCCGAAAUCAUCUACGGUCAUACGUUACGUUAACAAGUCCCGCCUCCUGGCCGGUCUGCGGACUUCACACAGACAGUUGAGUGUUUCAUAAAAAUGCACUCUGAUGCGGCAAGUUUUCAGCUCAACUCCCAUCUGUCUCCUCUAGCCAGCAUCCACAGCAUCUACCACACCCUCCACAGACUGAAUCUAACAGAGGAGGUUGGACAGGACAGUCACUCCUCAGCCUGCCGUUCCAGAGCCAUGCCCCCCAGGAAAAAGAGGAGACCCACAGCCGGAGAUGACUUGACAGCUAAAAAGAGCCGCCAUGACAGUCUUCUCAGGAAGCAUGAGGCCCCCCAGAUCAGGGAGCAGGAAAGCUUCUCCAGUAAGAGAUGUCUGGAGUGGUUCUACGAGUACGCAGGCUGUGACGAUGCAGUGGGUCCAGAAGGGAUGGAGAAGUUCUGUGAGGACAUCGGAGUGGAACCAGAAAAUGUGGUGAUGCUGGUUCUGGCCUGGAAGCUGGAUGCUCAGAGUAUGGGCUACUUCACCCUGCAGGAGUGGCUUAAAGGCAUGGGCUCCUUACAGUGUGACUCCACAGAGAGGCUGAGGAACACUCUAGACUACCUGAGAUCCAUGCUGAAUGACAAUACAAGCUUCAAGCUCAUCUACCGAUACGCCUUCGAUUUUGCCAGGGAAAAGGACCAGAGGAGUUUGGACUUGAACACAGCCAAGUGCAUGCUGGGAUUGCUACUGGGGAAGACAUGGCCACUGUUCCCUGUGUUCAAUCAGUUCCUGGAGCAAUCCAAGUACAAGGUGAUCAAUAAGGACCAGUGGUGCAACGUUCUGGAGUUCAGCAGAACCAUCAACCUGGACCUCAGUAACUAUGACGAGGACGGAGCCUGGCCCGUGUUGCUGGAUGAGUUUGUGGAGUGGUACAAGGAGAGGGAUAUGUCCUAGUCCUGCAGCAACAACAACAGCUCUUAAGAAACUACAACCACAGAGUAAACAAACAACAUGGACUAGCUGCAUGUGGGCAGUGGAUGGGGGUGGGACGGGGGUGGGGGGUGGGACGGGGGUGGGGGGCCUGAAAGGGCCAUGGCAGAGACAACAACCACCUCUGGAAAACCAUUUCCUUACCAGUGUUGCAUUGUGGGAGGAGAACCCAUGGUCAGCUGGGACGCUGCUUCACUGUGAAGUGUGUGAUGAUACCAUCAGCCCUCGGCCCAGCUGGGAGGCUGUCCUAAACCAGGGCUCUUGGACCCGGGAACAUCUGAAUAUUGUAGAACCGUGUUGGACUCCCAUCUGUGCUUGUCCUCCAUAAAUGACAAUAACCCUCAUUUUGUAUAGUUUCAGAGUGUUUGAGAUGGGAUUCUUGGAGAAGCACACUGUGUCAAAUGGCUGAGGUCAGGGGUCCAGGGUCGGGUGUGUUUACAGUCGUCCUGUGAUAAUUGAGCCUAGUUUCCCGCCCUUUUCUCUGAGCAGGGCGGGGCUUAUCUACCCCCCCAGGAUUGGCUCGACCUCGCACCACUAAACCAAUCAGAUUGCUGCUGACAAACUCUUAUUACGGCACAGCGGCAGCCCCCGCCAACCAGCACUCAUUGGUCACAUGACCAUCUGAUGUAUCCAUGGCAACGCUGUGGUGAUAGUAAGAGAGUUUCUUGUGCCUCAAAAAUAUGGAAGUCACUUUACGUAUUCAACUUGCAUAUAAACUUGCAACACACACACAUGCACACACACACAUGCACAGAUACGCAUGCAUAUACACACACACACACACGUGCACACAAACACUCAGUGGUCAGGUAUAGAUUCAGGAUGUUGGGACUGUGUUCAGAGCUAAAAUGCAGCUUGUUUGUUUCUAUCUUUGUAUCUAGCAAACGUCUUCCCUAGUUCGCUGGAGUUGUCGUCUUCUCACUCAUUAGUCUCCUGCUCCCUCGUCCCCUGCUUCCUAGUCUGCUCAUCCUGAGUCGUCUCCUUCUCCCUCCUCUUCGUCUCACUCACUAGUUUCCUGCUCCCUGGUCCCUUCCUCCCUGGUCUCCUCCUCCCUGGUCUCCUCCUUACUGGUCUCCUUCUUCCUGGUCUCCUCCUCCCUAGUCCCCCUCCCCCUCUCCCCUCAAGGCUGUAGGUCCUAUGAGGAUGAGCAGAGCAGCAUGGGUGCAGCGCCAGCACCACCAGCCAGAGGUGGGCCCAGCCCCUCAGACGUCUAGUUGUAGCAUGAUGUUGAUGCUAUGCUAGCCAGGUUUAGCAUGGUGUUUAUGCUACGCAAGCUAGGUUUAGCAUGGUGUUAAUGCUGUGCUAGCUAGGUGUAGCAUGAUGUUGAUGCUAUGCUAGCCAGGUUUAGCAUGGUGUUUAUGCUAUGCUGGCUAGGUGUAGCAUGGUGUUUAUGCUAUGCUAGCUAGGUUAAGCAUGGUGUUAAUGUUGUGCUAGCUUGGUGUAGCAUGGUGUUGAUGCUAUGAGAGCUAGGUGUAGCAUGGUGUUCAUGCUACGCUGUUCUGCUAGCAUCAUGUAACGUCCUAUUAACACUCGUAUAAACUUUAGUCUCUGACUGUGAUGUGAUGCUGAACCGUUUUAAGGGUGGGAAUAAUUGCAUGCUCGCUCCAUCAGAGCCUUCUGUGAAUGGAUGAGAUUUUUUGUUUUGUACAGGAAUUUGUGCUGAAUUGUUGCUGUGUUUCAUAUGAUGUCCUCACUUAUGUCUUAGUACACACCUGAAAACCACAACUGUGGACGUUAACACAUAACACACCUCUCUCGCUCUCUUCCUUCCUCUCUCCAACUCUCACCUUCAACAUUCUCUCUCUUUCUCUCUCUCAUGCACAUCCAAUUUCCCCCACUCUUUGUAAGCAUUAGUGUUUACAUCGUCAGACUAGCCACCACCCCACCUGUCAGGACUGUCAAGGAGCUGACCUGUAGAAGCUGGAGCCAGCUGUAGGACUGCUCACUAAUCACUUGCACAGAGACUAACUCUGAGCUGUCCGGUCACUCCAGGAGGGACGAGCAGUUACGUUGUCCAGGCUGUAAAUACAGUGUGUACAGUAUGUAUGUGUGUGUUUUCACUGUAACCUAUCUCUCUAUACAGAUAUAAAGGGGUUUAUUAACUUAAA